CUCCCUGUUCGAACAUGAACAUGAAGGCAGCAAGCUGCAGCGAGCAGCAAAACUUCAGAUCUCGACAUUUUGUUUGUUACUUAGUUGCUUUUUUAAUCUAGAAGGACUUGUAGGAUUUAUUCUUUUUAUAUCAAGCUCUUGAGGAGUAAUUUUGUUGUGGAUGUAAAUGUGCGAAUGGCAAGGAUGUGUUUUAUGUGGCAGGAAGAAAAAUGGCGUACUUUGAUGUACUUAAAAUUAUAUAGAUAGUCCUGGAAGUCCUGAAAAAAUGGAGUCAAUAUUUCAUGAAAAACAGGAAGGAGCUUUGUGUGCACAACAUUGUUUGAAUUCACUACUACAAGGGUCUUAUUUUAAUGCUGUAGAUUUAGCAACCAUUGCUAAAAACUUGGAUGACGCUGAGCACCAAAGGAUGGCAGAAGGUAGUGUAAACUCAAUAGAAUAUUAUAAUUUUAUGCAACAGCCUUCUUCAAACAUGGAUGAUAGUGGAUAUUUUUCCAUUCAAGUUAUUUGUAAAGCUUUGGAGGUGUGGAACUUAGAAAUGAUACAAUAUAAUAGUCCAGCUGCUGAGCAAACACGACAAAAUCCUGUUGCAGAAACUGCCUAUAUAUGUAAUCAACAGAACCACUGGCUGACAAUACGUAAAUUAGGGCAACAGUGGUUUAAUUUAAACUCGAUAAAGUCGAACCCUGAAUUGAUUUCUGACACAUACUUAAGUUUGUUAUUAGCACAACUUCAGGCCGAAGGAUAUUCUAUAUAUGUCAUUGUUGGAACAUUUCCAGAAUGUGAAGCUGAGCAAUUACUUAGACUUUGUCCUGUGUCAACAGAAGAUUAUAAACAGUUUGCAAAUUCACAACGUUUAAAAAACUCUGUAAAAAAGGAAAAUUCAGAACAAAGCGAUAAAACAACUGUUAUUGACUCUGAACCAGCAGUCCCUGUAGAUGCUGCUGCUGUUCGUGACAAGCGUUUAAACUUUUUUGAGAAACUAGCAGAGAAAAAAUCAGAGCCAAGUAACGAACCAAUGAAUAAUGUGAAUGAUAUGUCAGAAGAAGAGAUGUUAAAAGUAGCAAUGGAAAUGUCCUUGGAACCAAUGGAAUAAUUAUAACUAACUAAACAGUGUUUUUAUUGAAAAUGAUUUUUAUUUAAAAAAUGAAGAAAUAAGUUAGUGUAACUUUCUAGACAUCAAAUAAUAAAUAAUUGCAAUGCUGACAUCAAAAUUGCUUUCCUGAAUUUUUUUUAAGCCUUAUAUACCAACAUUUUAACUUUAAAAUGCAUGUCUUUUUCAUGUAACCUAUUUCAAGUGUAAUUUUAGACAUGAUAAUUGGGCUUAUAUACAUUGGACUUAAAUAUUUAUGUUUGUCGUCACCCAUCCAGGUCUUAAAAUAAUUUCAGGUAAAUCAAGAAAAUUUGUUUAUUUUUAUGUACAAGAUUUUUAUGUUUGAUGUACAAGAUAACCACUUCCCAAAAAUUAAUAAGUGAGGUUACUGAACUGUUAAGGUUAUAUAAAGACAUAUUUCAAAAUCAUCAUCACCAGCUUAAUGUUCAUUUUCUGUGCUAGCGUGUGUUGGAUGGGAUAUUUUAUAUUUGAACAUAAUAUUUCUUUUACAGGUCUUACCUUUUACCUCCAUCAACAAGCCUAAGUAAUAGUUCUUAACUAACUCUAAAAGGCCACUAUCGUACAUCAUUAAAGCUGGGAAACUUUAUUGUUAAACCAAAAUGAAAUAAUGUUGAAACCUCACCUGGGUGAUGGAAAACAAAAUUAUAUUUAAACCGAGCCUUAAACAAGAGAAGUAUUAGUUUUCAGGUCAGAAAUUUCCAUGAGCAGAAAUUUCGGCAAAUAUUGUAAAUUGACAUCUCAUUUGAGAAAUUAAAAUCUAACAAAAAUAGUUUUCUGCUUGAUUCGCGAAAACAAAAACUCGCAAACAAAUAAAUAAAUCCUUACCAAAAAAUAUAUAAUUCCCAAUUUCAAAUAAUCAUUUUUAGAAACCAUUUUUUGUUUCAAAGUUUAUGUAACAAAACAUAAUCUGUUUUCAGUUAAAGGUUUGAAUUAUGCCCAAGUUAUGGAAAAUAUUUUCCCACAAAGUAUCCAAAUUGAUCUAUUCGCGAAAAAUUUUUAGGGAAAUUCUAUAAAUUUUUGUGAAUGACGUGAUUCACAAAAAUUUCUGUCAUGAAAAUAUAUGAAAAAGAAGUGGAAAUUAAGUUGUAUUUAUUAGAUGUUUUGUAAUUUUUAUGUAUUUUAAAAUGAUAAAAUAAUUAAAAAGCCUGGUUAA